AUGAGAACAACUCAUUAUUUUUUCUAUACUCUUAAUCUAUGGAUAACUGAUUCAACUGAUCUAUGGGAAUUAGAAAAAGCUAGUAAUCCAAAAGAUAUAUCAUCACGACGUGUUAAACGUUGGGGUUUUUCAAUACAUGAAUUACUUAAAGAUCCAAUUGGUCGUGAUUAUUUUUGGAAAUUUCUUGAUAAAGAAUAUUCAAGUGAAAAUCUACGUUUCUAUGAAGCAUGUAUACAAUUACGUUUUCACACUCCACAAAAAGAUGUGCUUAAUCGAGUUAAAGAAAUUUAUAAUGAGUUUCUUUCACCAGGUGCUUAUUAUUCAAUAAAUAUUGAUCAACGUGUCAUGAAUUUAACAAAACAUAAUAUGGCUCAUCUUCCUAAUAGAUAUACAUUUGACGAAGCUCAGGAUCACAUCUUUAAUUUAAUGAAUCGUGAUACAUAUGCUCGAUUCUUACGUUCCGAAGCAUAUAAAGAAUUAUUACUAGGUGGAAAAAAGAAACUUGGACUUAAAUCAGGACGACUUUCAAUUGUUAUACGAAAUCCAACAGAAAGCUUUUCAAUUAGUGGUAGUACUUUACUCACCGGUGGUACUAAUGACAAGCAUUUAUUAGGAACUGGUCUUCGUUAA